CUCUCUCUCUCGGCAAGCCAUGAGCUCCUCAAUUAUGAAAACCCUUCAGAUUCGUAAACCCACUUCUCUCCCUAUCUCUUCCACCACCAUAGAUGAGCCAGGGCUUCUCCGUCGUCGUCUCUCUUCUCUUUCUCUAAAUCUCUCACGUAACCAACCUUCCACCGUCUCAAGAUCCAAGUCGGUCUCUGACAUGGGAGAGCAAGGAGGGAGCUCUAUGAAAGAAUGGUGGGAAUGGAGUUGGUCAUGGAUUCUUUUAAAGAAGUUACCAAUCUUUUUCACUGAUCUUGAGGUUAACAAGAACGAAACCAAAUCAUCAUUGGGGAAUCAACAAAGAGGUAGCUUCGUUCACGUCUUCUUUAAGCUCCGAUCUGAGUUCCGCCGUCUCCUCCGUCCUUCCUCUGACUCUCUUCCUCUCUCUUGCAAACACGGACAGAGAUGACGUGGCAAUCUUCCUCACGAGCUCUCUCUAUCUCUCGUUGGAGGUUUACGAUUUUGUGUGUGUGGUAAUUCUUAUAAAAUCUCUUAUUUGAU